GCCCGGAGGUGUUGCAUCGCGCAGAAACUGCCCCCACCCCCGCGGCUGACUCGAACGGGCGGGCGGCGGCGCAGCGAGGCUCUGCGAGAGGCCCCGCGGAGCUGCACGACCUCAGGGACGGCGGCGUGACUCGGCCGGAGGCGGGUGCUGCCCGCCCCUCGCGCGCCCCCUCCCUCCUGCGCGGGCGGCUCAGUCGGCCGCCGACGUCAGAGCUGGCCGGUCGUGCCGCCUAUGAAGAAGUGGCGUGGCUUAAGUUCUGUUUCAUGUAGCAAGAGAUCACAGACAUGGGAAGUGAGCAUUACUGCCUGAGGUGGAACAAUCAUCAGAGCAACCUUCUGGGCGUCUUCAGUCAGCUGCUGCAGGACGAGAGCCUCGUGGACGUGACGCUAGCCUGCGCCGAGGGCCACUCGAUCCGCGCCCACAAGGUGGUGCUGUCCGCCUGCUCGUCCUACUUCCAGACGCUGUUCGUCGACCACCCCAGCCGCCACCCCAUCGUCAUCCUCAAGGACGUGCGCUUCGCGGAGCUGCGGACCCUCGUCGAGUUCAUGUACAAGGGCGAGGUGAACGUGGAGUACUGCCAGCUGUCGGCCCUGCUCAAGACGGCCGAGAGCCUCAAGGUGAAGGGACUGGCGGAGAUGACCGGCGUGCGGGAGGGGCAGAAGGCCCCCGAGACGCCGCGGCUCACCCCGGAGGAGCCCCCCGUCGCCGGGGGCGCCGUCAAGAGGCUGCUGGAGGGGGCGGAGGAGGCGGAGACGCCGUCCCCGUCGCGCCGGCGCGAGGACUCGGACAACGACAGCUGCGACGAGGGAGGGGGGGAGGCGGGACGGGACGACCUCUCGCCCUGCGACAUGACGGUGAGCGCGGGAUGCGCCCCCGGGCCCUGCUCGGGCGUCGGCAGUCGACUGCCCUCGCCGCUCGGCAGCGAGCCGGUGCCCGGGCCGUCGGGCAUGAUGCCGGUGCAGCAGGUUCCCCUGUCGCUGAAGAAGGAGGUGGACUGGGAUCGAGGCGCAGGCGACGACAAGAGCUCAGCAGGUGACAGUUCCUCAGACUACAGACAUCCUCACGACCCGGAGGUGACCUUGGUGGAAGGGCGCUACGACUCGUGCGCCGUGGUCUCUGCGCACCGCCGCCCCCUGGAGCCGCCCUUCAGCAGCCCCAGCAGCCGCUCCUCGACUCCCGCCUUCCCCUUCCCCUUCCCCUUCGCCGUGGGGCUGGACGGGGACCGCUCCCUGCUGGGGCUGCUGCAGCGGCGCGCCCUGGCCGCCUCGCCGGCGCUCUCCGAGGACCGGCCGCUGUCCGCCGGGCUGUUCCGCUGCGCCGUGUGCCUGGCCGCCUUCCCGUCCGCCUGGCUGCUGGAGCAGCACUGCGGCCUGCAGCACUCCCUGCAGUGCUCGGGCCAGGACGACGGCGAGGCCGGCGAGGACAAGCCGUUCCGCUGCGAGCAGUGCGGCCAGAGCUACCGCUACCGCUCCGCCUACCUGAAGCACCGCGAGCAGAACCACCGCGCGCGCCUGCCCGCCGACAAGCUCUUCACGUGCGACGUGUGCGGCAUGCAGUUCCGCUACCUCAAGUCCUUCAAGAAGCACCGCCUGAACCACGCCUUGGAGCGGCUGCACUCCAAGUCGCCCGGCGAGGACUUGUUCGCGCGCGCCGCGCGGCAGAAUGGCUCCUCUGGGUCGUCGUCUCCGUCUCCCUCCUUGCGAUCCGACUACGGGGACCGGGUGCUCGCCAUGAUGAUCCAGGGCCCGUACGGCGGCGGGAGGGUCGCGCCGCCCCCAGCCACGUCCACGGUCACGGACAGCGGGGGCAGCGACCAGGUGUCCAGCACCAACGAGUCGCUCGAGGGCCCAGGGGUCACACCCCCCGUCCCGCGCGCCGGCAGCAGCAGCGGCGCCGAGCAGGACGAGAGCGCCGACUCCCUGGCCUUCGCGCUGUCCGCGGCGGCGGCGGCGGCGGCGGCGGGGGCGGCGGGCGAGGCCCUCCGCUCGGCGCACGAGGCGUCCUUCCUGAACCUGGCGCGCCUGGACGCCGCCGAGCGCCAGCGCGAGCGCCGCUUCGCCUGCCCCUUCUGCGGCAAGUGCGUGCGCUCCAAGGAGAACCUGAAGCUGCACGUGCGCAAGCACACGGGCGAGCGGCCCUUCGUGUGCCUGUUCUGCGGCCGCGCGUUCGGCGGCAAGAGCGACCUCACGCGCCACCUGCGCAUCCACACGGGCGAGCGGCCCUACCACUGCGAGAUGUGCGGCAAGUGCUUCGCGCGCGCCGACUACCUGUCCAAGCACCUCACCACGCACAUACACAACUCGCAGCGGUGA